GAUUCUCCUGUUUAUCGAAGAUACUACAAGUUACUGUUUUUGAAUGAAAUACGCGGUAUCCCCGAGUGUCGAAAUAAUCAAAGCUCGAGCGAAAAUUGCACUUUCGAUAUGAAGAACAGGAAUAGUUUUCGGACAAGCAAAUGUUAUUUCAAUGGAAGAAAACAAAUGUUCGGAACACGCUAGGUGGUCUAAGCCUGCGUCUAUUCAUAUAAAAUCGAGGAACCAGUGAACUCAUGGAUUCGUCGAAUUUCCGACGACGAGUUUUUUCUUUCUUUCGUCCAGGUAACUACGCAGCAACGAUAGGCUAUUUUUUCCAUCGACUUUUUGCCUUUUAAAGGUGCAACGACCCACACGGUUAGUCGAUAAUAGGAUGCGAAGACGUCGAUUCGAUUCGAGCGUGGUAUACUGUCAUCGGAGAAGCGACGUCACUUCACCACUUUUCCAGUCGAUUACCCGAUUACUACGAGCAAAGCCACGUAGGUCCCCCCGCCGUAAACUUACGGGGAAAAAGUGACGUCACGUCGUCCAUGUACCUUGACAUUUCUCGCGUCACAGCCAACUUUUCUCUUUGCCACAUUUCCGAGCGAUCAACGACGCGCCUCCGCGAUUCGCCACGUGUUGUAAUGGAAUAGGCGGUAACUUUGAUAUUCGUAAUUUCGAGAUUCGUUCGAAAUAAACUACCCUUCUGCCUACACUCGACGCCUACGGACGUUUUCUCGACACAAUCGAUUCGAAUUUCCGACUGUCGUUAACGAAACGUAAACAAUCCGGAUCACGACCGUCGCGCGACAUUCAAACGCGCACCGAACGAACGCAAUAGCUCCGAUCGAAUUAGUAAGAAUCGAAUUUGCGUUGAAAACGUUUCGUUUUCCACGAUUCUUAAAUUAGUCGUUGCUCACUGGGUAUUCGAGUGCCGACGCGUGCCUACGCGUGUAUUGGUAAAACGUUCGUUUUCAUCUCGAAACAGAGAAAACCGAAAAUACACGGGGUCUGACGUAGAAACCGGAGUUUCAAAGUAAGCAAGCAAGCAAAAUCGAUCUUGUAUUUGUUUCUUUUGUUUUUACACCCGAAAGCCGCAGUUUGAACUUGGAACACUUCAAGAACAGAUUUGUCUAAAUCUAGACGAUUCUGCGAGUCUCUUAGUUAUCUACUCAUUUUUCGUUGUUCUUCCGAUUAAAAUGAGCCGUAAAGAAAUCCCAGGAAGAGCGGCGCUCUCGUUUCCCGCCGUCGACGGACUCUUGGACAUGGAUCAAAUUUUAGAAACCGAUCCGUGGAAUCAAGUCAACGACUUUGUACAGCAGAAUUUCAUGCAAAACAUUUUGGAAGAAUUCAGCGAUCGAAUAAAGCUGAAUCCGAAACUGACGCCCGAGAAAGGUGAGGCUACGGGAAAAAAUCGAGCUACGUCAUCGUCGAAAAAACCUCGUAAAACGCGUCGCACCGAGGAAGAAAAGUCGACCGAACAGAGAGGCGAUGAUUUGUCGGCCGAUGGAGGUCAAGGGUCCAAGAAAAUAAGGAAAAAGAGGGAAACAAAAGGCGCGAAUCGUAAACAGGAACAGAUCGUGGAUGAAAAAGCAAAAAGUCAGGGUAAACCAAAACGCGAAUCGAAGCGAAAAUCGACUAAAACCUCAAACACAUCAAAGUAUCAGCAGGAGUCAGAAAACGGUUUGGAAACGGACGCCAAGGUAAACUCGACCGCUAAACGGACGAGAGGCAAGAAGAAAACGGAAAAUAUCGUCGAAGAAACGCAAGCCGCAGGUACCGAAACUGGAAACGCAACAAUAAAUAACGAAACGAUGAUAAGUACGUCGCAAAGCAUAAAUCCACCGAUCAAUACCAGUACACCGAAGAGCAAACACGCGCGAGUUAACGAUUUCGCGGAGAAAGAACCAGAAAAUAACGUUUCGGAUUUGAAAAAGAGUCUGCUCUCGAACGGGGCCUCUUCCAAGAAAUGCCAUGUAAAAGAGAUUCGCGCGAAGAAGGACUUGAACGAUAACUGGGACGAAGUUACGAUCAAAGAGAAAACGAACGAAAAACCGUCGAUAAAAUGUAAACGCGAAACUGAAAAAAAUACGCAAGCUAAAAAAACAGAGAGAAUCGAUAAAUCCACGCGAUCAAAAGACAUAAAAAAACCGGUGAAAUGCAACGAUGACGGAAAAACUGCUACAAGCAAGAAGAUUGGAAAAUACGAGCAACGACUGCUCGAAAAACGGAAGAGACGAGAGGAGAGGAAGAUACGACGGCACGAGAGAAAGGCGGAACGAGCGAUGGAAGAAUUCGGACGUCACGUAACGAAGAUUGCUCAAAAGAUGGGAUACCUGCCAGAAAACGGUACAUCCUCGAGCAGCGAUUACGAUUUUUCCGACGAAUCUUCGUGUGACUGUUGUUCCUGCAGCUCGUGCUCCUGUUGCACGUGUUCCAGCUGCAGUUGUUCCUACGAACAUUCAGAGUACACCUGCUCUUCUUCCAGCGAAUAGUUCAUCGAACAGAAUUUUUAUAAACUUGACUACUAAUACAAGAACUUGGGUAUUCUUGUACGCGCGGCGCAGGGCGCUGACGUUUAAAUGCCACUUGUUAAUUAAACUGUAUACGUAAUUGUAAAACACGCAAAUGACUAGCAGUCUGAAAUAAUAAAUUAUCCCUCAAUUCUUUGUACUUCUAAAGCUAUCAUAAAUCUGAUAUAAUAUUUCGGAUUGAAUACAAUAGCUCCAAAAAUAAAUUGAAGCUGAUAAUUGAAAGCUGUUCGGUACAGUUAUAUGAUCAAAUAUCCGUAAUAAUUGGUAAUGCUGUGUAUGAACAGGGCUAUUUUUAACUAUACCGGCCCACGUGUUAAGGAAGCGUUACGAGAACGAUCGACGAGGCAAUUGUUCUCGAUUGAAUUCGGAUCGCGAAGCCAAAAUACUCGUUGACGAUCUAACGAAUCGAACGAAAUCGAAUUGAAAUGAAACGAAACAGUUACACGAUACAUCGUAUUACCUACUUCCAUCGUAACGGUUUUCUCUAUUUAUAUCUUCGAUAUUGCCGUCGUUGCACUGGUAUGUACGAUCCAUCCCUAUGGACAUUGUAUACUUGACAUACAUUUUAAAAAUACUUUCUGGUUUAAAUUAAAUUCCACCUCGGGAGUAUGCGCGUUAUUUGGCGAUCGGUAACACGUAUUAUUUGGCCAUCUCGGGCGUUCGAGCCUCUUAUAAAUUCGUACUCGAGCAGCGUUUUCUCUCAAGUACCGUUUUACCGAUACGACUGACAAUUACGAGCCUGCGGUUCGCGACACCUUUGCACGUGCUACACAGGAAAACGCGGGAGUACGCGAAAUAUCUAGCCGAACAGUUAACAACGUGACCGCCACGGUAGAAAUAGCUGCAACUACGACACACGGUAACAUGGAUUAUCGAGGGUAUCAAGGAAUAGAAUAGGAUCGAAUCUGAUGCUACAUUUUGCUAUUUUGGAUUCUGUACUAAGCGUGAUUCAGAAUUUGCCAGCGGGAUCCGAAAUUUUCUUUCUAUUUUCGUUUUUCAAUUAUUUGAUUCCUGGCAAGCCUGUACCCAUAAAAUCUUUUUGAUAUCUGACAAAUCCGCGUAUACAAAACAAAACUGCGAAAUGUCAAAAAAUUUUUGAAACGAGUAAUGCGUACUAUUAAAAAUUUUUAGCGGGAUACGAGGAAUUGUUAACGAUCAGUUUAAUAAUACGAGUAAUAUUCGAUCGUGUAAAAAAAUAAAAUAAAAGAAAGGAUGAAGAAUUAGUACGUUUGAUCCUCGCAUCAAUGUUCCAUACUCUUUUCCGAUCUACGUCUGCGCGUCUCGGCCGGGUCUAUAAAAGCGACGUAGGGCGUCGCGACGACUCCAGACGCGACAUACGCGCAUUGCUGAAAAUGUGACAUCGAACCGAUGCUCUCGUUGUAAUCAUCUGACAGUUUUUUCAAUUUUCUGUGAGACAAGAAGUCUAAAGAAUCUCAGAAAGUUUAGCUAGGCAGUCAAUUAUAUUGUUGGUGUGCAAAUUCGUGUUUCGUAUUAUCGCGACCUAAUCGGGUCGCAGUGAAUAUGUAAAAACCACGGAUCGGAAGGAACUAUCGAACGUGAAAGUUGAAACAGACUUAUCAGUGAAUCGUACGAUCAGUGACACCUUUACACAUCGUUCAAAGGAUUACUGCCAUCGUGGUAAGUUGCUGAAUUCGAUACCUGUGACGAACUCUGUAAUUCGUGAAUGAAAUUAGCUAUGUCGAAAGUUACGGUGCAUAUAACGAUAAAACGUAAAUGUGUAACGCGAUAUACGAAUAGAAUUAACGAAUUUAUCCAGGAAAAAUUCUACCUCCCUUCUUGCUCGACCACCCACAACCCCACCUACUUUCAACCCGCCCCUUUUACUCUACGGACUUCUUUUCCGCUCUCGUUCUUGCUGAAAAUGCACGUUACGCGUAAAGGCACAAGCCAAAAUAUUACUUCACUAAUCUUUCGUGCGUGUUAAAAUAGCCUCGGUAAACAGAAACGCUAAAUAUAACUGUGUCCAAAGCUUGUCAGAAGUAGCCAGUAAGAACCGGUAGAGAAGUAAAAAAAAGAAAUUCGGUUCCACGAAUUGGGAAUUACGCGCGAUAUAAAAGUUACGAGACAUCCACGCAAAACGAAACCGAGGAAACGUAAGGAUCCUUAUAACGACUGACGAUACCGUGUCCUGAAGUUAAGAAUUUGUACGGACGAUCGUUUCGGAGUUAUCGCGAGAUAAUACACGUUUUCAACCUGGCUAAGCUCGUCAUCGACCAUCGAGUGCUUUUACCAACCGAGUCCUUUUUUAAUCGAAUCAAGAGAGUAGAAACGAUAACGAAAUGGUUUGACGCGCGUUGCCGCAGCGAAAUCCUUGCUAUUGAUCUAGGCAGCUCAAAAGGUCCUGGGUUCACCCGGCCAACCUCCGGUAUUCCCCCCUUGUCUCCCCCACUCUGUGUCUCGUCCUUCGCCCACACAACUCGUCGACUCGAAUUUUUCUCGAUUUCGCAAAAAUUUUCCAUUCACCAUAAAAAGUGUUAUCCUUACUAGUAAGA